GAAGAAGAAGAAGUCCGUGACCUCAUCAAGGUGCUUCUCCUGCAGCACUAUCAUAAUAAUAAUACAUUACAUUUAUAUAGCGCUUUUCCUGGUGCUCAAAGAUGAGGCGCUGGGUCCGGACCGGGGCCGCUCUGGUGCUGGGAGCGGGUCUGGGAGUCUGGGUCGGCCGCGCGACGAGCCUCAGCCCCGGGGAGGAGCAGCGGGGGGUCGGGGGGCUGCUGGAGAGGGUCCCUGUGAUCCCGGUGAUCCCGUGGGUGGAGGCCUCCGAGCUCACGGUGAGAGUGUGUCGGGGGGGGGCGGCAGUGAUGAAGUACGGCUUCCCCUCGUUAGCAAACAUCAAGACGCGAGAGUCCUACGUGACCUCGUACGACCCCCGCACACGCACUGCAUCCUGGGUAAUCGAGAGGCUGAGCCCCGCCUCCCUGAGCGGCCAAUCAGACAGGAAGAGCUGCGACUUCAUGGAGGACGACAGUGUGAACGUGCUCCACAGGUCCACCAACACUGACUACAGGGGGAGUGGCUUCGACAGAGGUCACAUGGCUGCAGCAGCCAAUCACAAGUGGAGCCAGAAGGCCAUGCAGGACACCUUCUACCUGAGCAACGUGGCCCCACAGAAUCCUCAAUUGAACCGGUACACCUGGAAUAACCUGGAGAAACACUGCCGCUCUCUGACCAAAAACUACCUGGAUGUCUACGUGUGCACCGGCCCCCUCUACCUGCCCAGACAGGAGGCUGAUGGAAAGCUGUACGUACGAUAUCAGGUUUUGGGGCAUAACCACGUUGCCGUGCCGACGCACUUCUUCAAGGUGCUGAUCCUGGAGCAGAUGGAUGGCAGGGGGGUGGAGCUUCGGUCGUACGUCUUACCGAACGAACCAAUCGAGGAGAAGGUCCCUCUGGAGCGCUUCCUGGUUCCCAUAGAAACCAUCGAGAGGGCGGCGGGGCUGCAGUUCAUCCCGAACAUCAUGAAGAGAACGAGCCGUCUGCAGAGCAUCACUGCACGAUAACACCCACAAUGCACUGCAGGAGGAACGCCCACAAUGCACUGCAGGAUUAACGCCCACAAUGCACUGCAGGAUGAACACCCACAAUGCACUGCAGGAUGAACACCCACAAUGCACUGCAGGAUGAACGCCCACAAUGCACUGCAGGCUUACCUGUCGCCUCAUGGCUGAACAAUAAUCUGAGUUUAUGUGUUAAGUGUUUCUGUAAAUAAAUCAACUGUAAUUAUCUCCA